AUGGUCAAGGAUGCAGAGGCCAACGCCGCUGAGGACGAGAAGCGCAAGGACGCCGUGGAGACCAAGAACCAGGCCGAGUCGCUCGUGUACCAGACCGAGAAGCAGCUGCAGGAGCUGGCGGACAAGGUGCCGGCAGACCUCAAGGCCUCCAUCGACCCGAAGUUGGCGGCUCUCAAGGAAAAGGUCGGCGAGGCGGAGCCCGACAACGAGCUCCUGAAGAAGAUGACCAAGGACCUGCAGGACGAGCUCAUGAAGGUCGGCCAGGCAGCCUACGCGAACACCGGUGGCGCCCCGGCUCCCGAGGGCGGCGCCCCGCCCCCGCCGGGCGGCGCCCCGCCGCCGCCCCCCGGCGGCGCCGCGGGCAAGAAGCCCGACGACGUCAUCGACGUCGACGGCCAGUAG